AAAAUUUCACUCUGUGUAGAUCAAAGUAGCUUAUUUGACACAAUCAAACAUUUUGUUUUAUAUUUGAAAACACACAAUAAUAGGUUAAAAUGUGUUAAAAUCAUUGCGUUUGGCAUUUAUUUGGCUCGUAAAAGAACUAAAUAAUUCAAUUAUUUCGGUUGGAGCAAAAAUGCCGCGCGAGACGAGUAGCUCUGUUUACAAAAUUGACGUUGUCGCUCUAUGUCUAUUUGAACGGCUACAGAAACUACAAAUAUCUGGCCAAAAUAAAAAAAAUCCCUUAGUGCGAAUAAUUUACGUUUUUUUCAUAGGGGCGACUAUUGUCACGUAUCUGUCUCAUAUAUGUCUAAACAGAUAAAAACAAUAAUUUGUGUUUUGCAAAAUUCUUACGAUCUACCAAAAAUGUCGGAAAUAAUGUUCGAUCCCCGUGCGUUUUGUAAAAUUAUGCUUCAUGCAGCAAAGUAUCCCCAUCUAGCGGUGAAUGGGAUACUUUUGGCUGAAAAUGGUAAAACAAGUACGAUUGCGGACGCGGUGCCCCUCUUUCAUCAGUGUCUUCAUGUGUCGCCCAUGGCAGAGGUGGCUCUGGUUCAGGUAGAAGCCAAAGCAUUGCAAAAGGGACAACAUAUCGUCGGUUAUUAUGUAGGCUGCGAAAAUUUCUACGAUAACCGUUUUGAGCGGGCGCCGGGAAUACGAAUUGCGGAUAAAAUAGCUGAAAAUUGUUCCAAUGCUUGCAUUGCAGUUAUUGAUAACUGUUCGAUUUCAAUUAAUAUGCGUUAUCCAGCUUUGAAAAUGUGGCAAUAUCGCGAUAAUCGUUGGUCCAAAGCUAAAUGUGUUGUAGAAAAUGACAGCGUUACAUUCGACGCUGUAUCGUGUCUGUUGCAGCGUGGCGCUGCAAAGGAGUUGCACGAUUACGAUAAUUAUUUGGAUAAUACCCAGAAUGAUUGGAACAACGUACAUUUAAAUGGAGAUUUAAAACAAAUACUUGCUAUGUACUAACUAAUAUGAUAAUGUUCGUUUGUCGUCUACGAUAAAAUACAUUUAUGAUAAAAUACAAAAGUGUUUUUUUACA